AUGGUUGUUCACGAUAUUCCAAGAAAUUUAAAAGAAUUAGGUUAUCAGAUAAAUGAGAAGGGACAAUUCCUUACAUUAGAAGGAGAAAUUUAUAACUUUGAUGUAAAAGAAAGAUCAUAUAAUGAAGCUUUAUAUGAUGUUAUAAUUGAACUUUUGAUGGAAUGGGUCGAAGAAAGAUUACAGAAUGAUUUUGGAUUACAAAAAAUCUUGCUGCCUAUUAAUGCAACAAAAGAUGAUAUUCAUAGCAAAAUAUAUGUUAGGUACCAAAGAAAAAAUAAUCAACCUUGGUUUUUAAUGUGGGAUGGAUCAAUGAUCUCAUAUGUUAAGCGAGCAAGAGAAAUGGGAUUUUCAGUAAUAAUUGUUAAUCCUAAUGAAGUAUUUUGGUAUAAAGGAAAAGCAGUACACACUUUACCAAAGACAAAUGUGCCAUUUAAAAUAAUCAUGGGAAGUGAGACACCAGAAUCUCAUACCAACUAUGUUUUUGAAAAUUUUGUCAUACCAUCAUCCGCAAAUAAAAUUUUUAUUGUUGCUAAUAGUUAUGGAGGACAUUGUGCUGUUGAUGUCAUGCAAAACUUUUUUGAAUUGUUGAAAAAUAGAGUAAAAGGAAUAGAAUUUACAGAAACGACACAUUCAAUUGAUUUUGUCAAAACUAUACUUGUUAGAUAUUGGAUCAUCAAAAAUUGUAGGAAUUGGCUUAUGUCUAGUGAACCAGCAGGAAGUGAAAUAUGUGAUAGCAGAUUUGGAUGUAUUUCUUUUUCAUCUGGAGCUGAAAAUAAUGAAUUUGUGACAUAUGAGGUUAUUGAUAGGGUUUUUGAACAUGUUGCUAAGAAAUUGGAACAGUUAGAAAAUGGAGCCACAGAAUCUAAUGAUGAAAAUGAAGGAGAUAUAGAGGAUGAGUAUUUGAGUGAGCCAAGUUUUUUCCAAAAUACAAUAAUUGAUGAUGUACAAGAUAAAGUAGCUUAUAAUUUUGAUGAUGAUAAUGAUGAGGGAUCUGGACCAAUACAUUCUAGCAUUCAUACCAAGUUAGCAGAAGCUUUAAAACCAAUUGAUUUAGAAAUUAUCAAUGAAUCAGAUUUACAUGCUCAUCAUCAAGCUAUGAAAGAUGUUAGUAGUAAUGAAACACAUUUUCGUAGCACCUUACCAAGCACCGGUACCAGUAUACCAAGCUCCUACGACACCUGUUUAACGCAAAUGAAAAAUUCUGAGGUUGAAAAAAAUACAUUUGGAAAGAUUCAUGUAAAUUAUAUAGGAUGUUGCAUCUCAAUUAGCAAAAUUGGUUUUAACUAUGAAUCACUCAUUACCUUAUUCAAUAAAUAUGCAACAUUCGGAUGUGAUGAUGAUGGUGGAACUGAUAUACGUUCUUUUAAAAUGAAAACUCAAAGAAAACAAAUUGUUCGUGGAAGCUUAACAUUCGUUUUAGACCUAAAAAAAUUGUAUGGCAAUAAGUGA